UCCACUCUGAUCCGACCCAUGUUGCUCAGGUCGAGUGUUUGGAGGCGAUGGGCGGGGCCACACAGUGAACAGGAGCUGCUGCUCUCCUCCUCAUAUCCCUGUUUCAGCAACAUCAGGAUGACAAUCAUUGCUGAAGAUGACGGAGAUCCAGAGUGAUGGACUGACACAGGUUCGGAUGAUUGACAGGCCCACGACCCAAUAGGCACGAUGAUCGCUACAGGUGGGCUGCUGAGAAUUUCGCGGCGCCAGGAUUCACUGCGAUCCAAGAACCGUGCGGAGAACAAGAAGAAGAGGAAAGCCAAGAAAAAACGAAAGAACGACGUUGUUGUGGUGAAAGGAAAACUGAAGCUGUGCUCCGUCUCGGGGCUGGUGGCGGCGCUUGGCGUUUUGAUCCUACUAGUCGGCAUCGCCAUGGCCGUACUGGGAUACUGGCCUAGAGAUCGCACGGAUGGGGCGGCACAGCGAGCGAAACAGGCUAACCUCACAAGCAAUAACAUGGUGGUGGUGUCGAGCGAGUUGGCCGACAGAAACUCUUCAUCACGUUCACUCGGCUUCUUCCACAGUCUGUUUGCGGGUUACUUAUACUCGGAUAAUCUCAAAGUCUUUGGGCCUUUAGUGAUGGGCAUCGGGAUUUUCCUCUUCAUCUGUGCAAAUGCCGUUCUGCAUGAGGACCGUGACAAGAAAACUAAAAUCAUAAAUCUGAGGGAUAUUUACUCCACAGUCAUAGACAUUCACGGUUUGCGCGCCAAAGACUGUGUCCCGUUCAACGGCCUCAUCAGUUACAUGCAGUCCAGGAGCAUCGAGGGGAAAGCGGGAAACCACAGGCGUCCGUCGUGCGUGAGAAAGUGCGCAAAGCGCAAGUCGUCAAUUUAUAGUAUAUCCCGAGGAUCCGAGGAAACGCAGUGGGAGACGGGCUCCAUCGUCACGUCGUCCGUUAACGCGUUCACCUUACCCGUCAUCAAACUCAACAACUGCGACAUGCAGGAGCACGACAUCUCGCGCCGCAGGAGCUGCUCCGCCGCGCUGGAAACCAGAGCGCAGGUGUCAAGGACGCGCAUGUCGCUUUCCCAGGAUUCCAAGCUCGACGUGGCUGUGGCGGGGAGGCGGGUCACGGGGUCGCGCCUGUCCCUGAGCACGCUGUCGGAUCCCGGUUGUCGGGAUGAACGAUCGCGGAGGUUCAGCUGUCCCAGACUGGAGCGCUCGGGCAGUAAGGGCUACAUUAAACUGGGAGAUUCGCUCGCAGGUGUCAGAGGAAGUGAGGAUAAAGAGACACACACACUUCCAAACUGCAGCCCCUAAAAACACCUUUAAAUGUCUGAAUGUCACUGCGGAUGAUGCUUGUGUUUGAUGAUGAUGCAUCAUGUAUAACUAACAAACCACAAACAAACAAACAAACAAACACAUACUGACUGUCUUCAUCUACUGGUUUAUCAGUUCAGAUUAAACGUGUUUGUGCAUCUUUCUAUACAGUAUAAAGACUCUUGCUGUGGUGUUUUUUUUUUUAAUCACAUUUAUAAGUGUGACUGAACAGAUUCACUGCAAAAAAUGAUACAGUACAAAUAUCUAAACAUUCUUGAAUCCAGCAAAAUUACUUUUUUAAAAACAAGAACAAAUAUAUGCUAAUUGGGUCCGAAAAAUUCACGUAUUUCAAAGAAACAAUGUGUUUUAUUUUACUCCAUUGGCAGAUAUUUGUUCUUGUUUUAAACUGGACCUAUAAUGCUCCCUUCACAAGAUGUAAUAUAAGUCUCUGGUGUCUCCAGAAUGUGUCUGUGAAGUUUCAGCUCAAAAUACCCCACAGAUCAUUUAUUAUAGCUUGUCAAAUUUGCUCCUAUUUGGGUGUGAGCAAAAACAUGCCGUUUUUGUGUGUGUCCCUUUAAAUGCAAAUGAGCUGCUUCUCCCGCCCCCUUUCCAGAAGAGGGCGGAGCUUUAACAGCUCGUGCUUCGGUCGCUCAACAACAACAAAGCUGGAGAAUCUCACGCAGACAAAAUGAGGAUUGUCAGUAACGGUGUUCAGCCUUACAUUGUUCAAACCGGAGUCGACACUGAUGGAGAGACUCAGGAAGAAGUUACAACUUUUAGACGUUUCUGAAUGGUUAGUGGAUAAAUUUAUGUAGUUGCUGUGGAGUUGAUUCAACUCAUCCACUAGCAUGUGCCGUCAUGUUCAUCUUUUGUGUUGAAUUGAUCCUCGUUUGUGAAGCAGUCCGGCGUAAAAUGACGGCAUGUCAACAACACUCUACUACAACAACUCUUCCUCUUCUCUAAAGCAGCCCAACAUGGCCCGCCCCCUUUGUUGUGUGUUCUCGGGGGCGGGGUUUAUGUAAAUGUUAGGGUUUGUGAUGUCACUAACCCGGGAAGAAGCUCGUUGUAGUCCCUACCAGCCGUUUGUUGUAGUCCUUAAACAGCGAUUUCUGUAAAAGAAAAUCUCUCCCUUUACAUUGAACUUUGAGUGUCGUAACUUUGCAGAUGUUGUUUAUGAUCAAACAGCAACAUUACACACUAACUAAAGUUAAAAAAGUCAAAUCAUAAUCAAGGACCCCUUUAAGCAAAAACUUGCUUCAUUUUCAUACAUUUUUCAUAAAACAAGACUUAAUAUCUUCAGUCAUUUUGCUUCUCCAGUAAAUGUAUCUUGAUUUAAGUAUAUUUAGAUAUUUGUGCUGGAAAACAAGUCAGAAAUCAAAUGUCAAAUGUUUGUAAAGUGAUAUUUUGUAUCUAAUGACAUUCAGACAUUUUUAUGUGUCUGUGUACUUUUUGUGGUCACUGUACGCUACUGUUCAAAAGUUUGCAAUUAAUACUUUUAUUCAUCAAGGAUGUGUUAAAUUGAUCAAAAGUGACAGAGCAGUUUCUUGAGCAUCAAAUCAUCAUAUCAGAAUGAUUUCUGAAGGAUCAUGUGACACUGAAGACUGGAGUAAUGAUGCUGAAAAUUCAGCUUUGAUCACAGGAAUAAAUUACACUUUACUAUAUAUUCACAUAGAAAACUGUUAUUUUAAACUGGAAUAAUAUUUCACAAUUUUUACUGUAUUUUUGAUCAAAUUAACACAGCCUUGGUGAACAGAAGAGACUCUUUCAAAAAAUAUUACAAAAUCUCACUCAUCUCAAACAUUUGAAGCAGGAUGAAAAAUGAAAACCAUUUAGAAAAUGUGUAAGACCUUAAUAUCAUAUGUUGAUGUUCAUCAUUUUAUAUAUUUGAGAACAUUAGUAGCAAAGAUCCGUGUUCAGACUAAUGAUGUUUCUAUAUCAAUUCUAGAUCUGUUCUAGAUUUCACUCUCACAUUCUUAUUCACUAUUUCUGACCUUUUUUAGAUUUUUCGUUGUUGUUGUUGUUGUAAGAAAGAGUUUGUUAAAAAUGAAAAAUUCUGUCAUCAUGUCACUAUAAACCCUUUAUUUAAUCAGACAAAGAAAAAUUCACUUUUAUAAAAACACAUCUUCUUGAAAGAUGAUAAUAUUGUUUUGACUCACGAGGAACAAAAAGCAUCAUAACAUUCAUAAUUCAUGAUGUGAGCACAUUAACUGAACUCAUCUGAUACUGUAUGAAAUUAAAAGUAAUUAAGCAUAAGAAUAUGUCUAUAUUUACUCGCAGAUGAGUCAUUUGACAGCAGGUGUAGGCGCUGCCUGCUAACGAACUACUAGUUUAUAAUUAAAGUUUUUAUGCAUUUUUUUAGUUUUAUUUACUGUAGCAAAUUAAGAUGUUCAACCUUAAAAUGUUUCACCAUGAGCUUUCUUUCUUUCCCAGCCAACGCUAACGUUCUGGCAAGGUUCUCUCAACGUUAUGAACAGUAACGUUAAUAGAACGUUCAAUUUUUAAAUGUUACUAAUUGUUCAGAGAACAUUCAGAUGUAACAUUCUCAUAAACAAUGAAAUGGAAUGUUUCCUAACAUUCGUAUACCAAAAAAAAAAAAAAAAUUUGAACAUUCAGAAAUAAUGUUUUCAUAACUUCAUUGGAACAUAUAUUGUGUUAGCUGGGAUCUUUCUUUCUUUUAAAUACAUUCCAGUGUUUUUACUUUCUAUUUGUACUGUAUUGUAUGUCAAUAUCAGAUAUAAAUUAGUGUAAGAAAAGAACAUGAAGUUGUUUUGAGUCUUUAACAUGAUUCUGAUGUAGAAAAGCGUCGUGCCUUUUGACGAACUGUUACAGGAUGUUUUGUGUAGCUUCGAUCUACUCGUAUCUGUUGUUAUAUUUAGACUUCACACUUCACUGUAUAUCUGUCACAGUUUUUAUAUGUUUAUUAUAAAAUAGCGUAAUCACAACUACUAGAUCCUGAAAGUAUUGUGUCCGUGUGGGACAGCAGCACUGACAUCAGUGUUCAUGUUUCAGAUGUUAUAAACACACACAGCUCAUAUUAUGCAACUUUGCACUUGUUGUUUUUGUAUUUUCACUCAUUUUUAGUGAGCAGAUGUUGUAUACACAAGGGCAAUAACUGAUUUAGCCGAGGACUCGGGUCUUUUAGACACUUUGUUGGUGAUUUUCGAGAGUUUGUUGAGACUGUAGCUGUAUAAUAGUUUUAGCUGCUACAUCACAAUAAAGUUCUUUGAGUUGAU